AUGGCGAACGCGGUCGUUUCGGUGACCGUCACCGUCGUCGCCCUUUGUACAAUAUGCAUCGCCGUCCUCUUACUGCUCCGACGCUACCUACCUCUCCGCACGACGCCGGCCUUUCUCGCCGUUCCGAUAUUCCUUGCGCUAGCAUUACCGGCCUCUGCGGUCCUUCUGGUUCCCAUUGACCUUGCCUCCAGCUCCGGCCCGGAAGAUGAAGUUUCUAAGGGAAUUUGGCUGGCACAAAGGCCGUUGCUUGUGGCGUGGAGGCUCGUCUACUGGUUGACAUUUAUGUUGACGUGGUUUAUCUUGCCACUACUGGCGGAAUACAUGGACGCCGGAUACCGCGACCCAAAACAGCGAUGGUUGUAUUCAUUGCGCUCCAAUGGCCGUUAUCAGCUUAUAAUGCUAUCUUGUGCGGUCAUCGGCCUCAUCUACAUCGGUUUCGACUACAACUUCAACUUUACUGCCAUCAAGGCUCUGCUAAUGGCGCUGGCCUAUGUCUGGGGCUUGAUGUUGGCUAUCUAUCUGGCUGGUCAUGGAAUGGUGGCUGUGCCUCGAAAUCUGUUCAGAAGAGCAAGCACCAGUGGGUCUCUGAAGAGAGUACAAAUCCAGGCUGCGCGUGUGCACGAGAGGCUCGAGGAUGCUGCUACCGACCUCGGGGACCUAGAGGCCCAGGUUCUGCAGUUGAGGCAACGCAAAACUGGGACUGCACGAGAUUUCCAGGAAUGGAUUGACGAGCUCGUUGAUAUGACCUCCGGACGAGAAGAGCAUAUAUCGAGCCCGGCGACAAGGGAGGCCUCGGCCAAGAUACCCGCCGUUAUUACCGAGCGAUAUCUAGCUGAUCUUACCCGGCGUCUCGAACGUGCGCUCCAUCGCAAAGCGCGAUAUGUCGAAGAGUGGGACCGCAUUGUUCAAAGAGCCACGGACUUGCAGGCGAUACUCGACUCACAGGCAUCCAAAAAGCUGGUGUUUGGGCGAGGGACUUCGAUGUUGACCCCUUACGUGCGCUACGUCCUAUACGUUCAAGUGUUGCCGUAUUUCUGCUUGGCUACUGGGGCUGUAAUGGCACUUGCGUCUAUUGCCGUUAUCUCUUCCGAGAUAAUCCGAUUCCCGGCGUCGCAGUUGUCGCCCGUCAGCCUCACAGUCGUGCAUCAUCCGAACAACGAAGACUAUCAGGUUGGCUUCGGUGGUCAGGUCAUGGCAGCGGCUUGGAUUGCCUACAUGUGUAUGUGUGCUCUCACCAGCAUCAGCGACGUACCAGUCUGGAAUGGCCGAGCGUUGGUGCGUCGAAACACCCAUCCCGAAUCUGCAUGCUGGUAUGCUGGUCAAAUCGCCAAGCUCACGGUACCUCUGACCUACAAUUUCUUGACCUUCACACCAAAAGCGGUGCACAAAAAGACUGUUUUCUACGACUUUCUUGGCCGACUGAUCAAUAUCACGCACCUGGGUACGUGGUUUGAUUAUCUGUUCCCCAUAUUCAUCCUCAUACCUGUGUGUGCUACGCUUUUCAACCUCUACGGCCGGAUCAAGCGUCUCUUUGGUUUUGGCAUCAUGGAUGAGGAAGAGGAAGAGUCGGCAUUUGGAGUGACAUGGCGGGAUGGUCGGGAUCUGAUCGCUCGCGAUCUCCAGGGUACCAACUUUACUCUCCGAGAUGAGCCACAACGAGCAACUCCAACCAGGUGGGUGCCUCCUGCGGAACGCUCGCAAGGCGCGGCGUCGCUCAGCGGGCGUCAAGCACGUAGGCCCCCCGCCCCAUUGGAGCCGGAGCCGGAGGAGGAGAACUUUUUCACGCUCUUUAGUCGUCGGGUAAAGAACACCGUUGAUUCUAUAGAGACACCCACAUGGAUGCAGCAAGGCCAGGGUUUCAGCAGGCCUAAAUGGAUGGGCGGCGAUGCUGAAGGUCAAUCAGGUACUUCUUCGUCUUCAAGCUCGAAUUUCUUUGGUUUUUCCGGCGGCCAAUCGAAUAGUGGUGGUCGGAUCACUUUAUAG